ACAAGGAGGUCACCGAAGCCUAUUUAGUGCGGAUCAAGGAACAGGAGCAAACCAUCAAAAAUCUUCAAGCUGAAGCUGCUGGUAAGUCUCCACUGGCAUCCUUCUAUCAUGGCUCUUUUACUUUUAUUUUUUGUCCACUUACCAUUCCAUACACUUCGCAUAGAUGUAUCUAGAAAAUCUACCGACAGUAUUAGCAACAACGUCGAAGGAGUGUUGACCAGGAUCAUGAAAUCGGAUGAGGACGACGAGAAUCUCAAUCUUGACAACAGUCUACCUAUCUCACUGCUACGCUCCAUAGAAAAUCUACGUGAAUUCUUACAACAGCAGAAAGACAAGGAUAAAGAGCUUAUUCGAGCGGCAGAAACUGCCUCCACCACGGCCCAAAGUGAACUGAAACGACAGGUCACAUCCCUCCAACUUCAGAUCAACCAACUCAACGACGACCGUGAUCAAUUGCAGUCCGACAAAGACUCAUUGCAGGAGCGACUGAGUGCAGCAACUGAGGGAUCCGAAGCCUCCAAGCAAAUGAAGUUGACGCUCGAUGAUUUGACCAGUCGAUUAGAGACCGUUACCACGGACCGUGAUACAGCACGAAAAUCAGUGCAGGAUCUGGAAGCCAACCUGCUACAGAUGACCAAUAGCAAAAAUCAUUUGGAGAAGGAGCACAAUUUGCUUUUGGAGAAAUUAUCGGCCAUGAAGAACGCUUUGGCUCCUCGACUUCAGGCCAAUCAAGAUGAGAACAAAAAACUUCGAGAGAACAAUGCCGAGCUGUUACAGGCCUGUGAAGAUCUACGACGAGAGUGCGAAAACCUCCAUGCUGAGAACAACCAUUUACGAAAACAACUUGAGAAUCGCGAUCAAGAGGCGGCCAAGGAUAUUAGUCGCUUGGAGAAGGAACUCAAUGGCCUUAAGCAUCGAGUGGAGAAGUUGCAGAGCGAGCGCGAAGAAUGGGAACUUCGAGCGAUGGAGGAAAGCACGCAGCGUGUCCAAUUGACGGAGCAGUUGAGAAGUGCUAUGAAGGAUGUAGAGCGAACAGAAGAAGAGCUUCGAACACAGAAUGAGCAGAGAGAGAGUGAACGAACCAGUCUGACGAACCUUCAAGCGGUGUUAGAGGAAUUCCAAACCAGCAAGGAGUUGGAAAUCAGGAGUGCCGUGGAACGUAUGGAACAUCAACUCGAAACUGCGAAGAAGUCGCUGGCUGAAUAUCAAGAGCGAGCCACCGUUGCUGAGCAGUUCCACCGAGAUGUGGAGCGUUCCAAGCGAUAUGAACAAGAGAUUAAAGAAAAGAACCUUUUGAUUGGCAAGCUUCGCCAUGAAGCCAUCAUAUUGAAUGAGCAUCUUGUGGAAGCCAUGAAGCGCAUCAAAGAGGGAGUCAGUGACACGAGUGUUGAUAGACAACUUAUUACCAAUCUUUUGGUUGGAUUCCUUAUUGCACCUAGAGGAGACCGUAAGCGGUAUGAUAUUCUCAAUGUCAUUGCCAGUGUUCUUCAACUGUCGGAUGAACACAAGGAGCAAAUCGGACUGAUCCGGAGAUCUGGUAAUCGGCCAUCCACCAGCGGCGGACAUACGCCUAGUCCAAAAGGAUGGAUGAGCCCAACUGGCGUACCAGAAGGUGAAGAGGACAAGGAGUCUUUCAGCGAUGCUUGGAUAUCGUUCCUUUUGAAAGAAGCCAACCGCAGUGGAUCAUCCAGCCAUCUUUCUCUGUCCAACACCUCCACGCCGCGAGCAUCGGUGGACUUUGAGAACAAUCGGCCAUUAUAAGAGGCUGCACCCACCUAUAAUACAUAUUCAUACCAUUAUUUUUGAACGCAUGUAGAGCGAUUGUUGCUGUGGGGGACAGGAUGACAACGUUUGUUGUGGGGUUCUAAAACAUUCAAAUCAUUUGAGUUCGGCUCCGCAAGGAACCCAGGAAUACGUUACUUCGGAUUGACCAUUUAGCCAGAUUUUUUUUUCUACGGGUUGAGCACUUUUUUACAAUCACAGCAGGCAUCCUUUCAUGCAUUCGUUCAAUAGACCUUUUGUUCACACAUAUUUUAUUAUGUAAAAAUGCCUCCCCGAGCUGUUCAUGGUCUCAUUGGUUGCAAAUAUUACGAGACAUUCUUCUUGGCUAUGUCU